AUGAGCAUGGACCAGAUCAUUCAGCAAUAUCUACGGGAUAUCAUCAACGAACAGGGCUAUAGACCACAGCCUGCAAGGUCAGCCUACUACAUUCAGCCUCAGUAUCCAUUUGGCUCUGGGUUCAGAAGAGGAUAUCCGCAGGUGCCGGUGUAUUACCCAUACGACGAAUAUGAAGAGGACCAGGAUGCCGCUGAAGACGAAAGCUCCAAUGAUGAUGAAAGUGUUCAAUAUAGGCUAGAAGAUCUGUUCGGGCCUUAUUUCACCAGAAAGCUCACCAGACCUAGUAGGAAAGAUAUCCCGCUCGUGGUCAAACAGAACUCGCAAGCGGCCAAGGAAAAGAUCGCCAAGGAUACAGCUGCACCAGCGGCCAAAAUAGCCCCACCAUCGGCAGCCGAACAGCAGCAAAAGGUUUCAGAACCUUCUCCAAAGGAGCCAAGACUAAAAAGAAGAAACUCGACCACGCUCAAUUUGCACGCUAAACAUAACGAACCAAAGAUUGAUCCUCUUCAGAUUUCUGCCCCGCAGCUGAAGACCAAUUUACCGUUUUCUCCUGCUGUUAAUGUUUACGACUUCCCUGAUAACUACAUUAUUGCCUUGGCUUUACCAGGUGUGUCCAAAGAAUUUGUGGAUAUUGAGUUCCACCCUACGUCCUCUGAGCUGGUCAUAAAAGGUGAGGUGAAGAACAAGUAUUUAUCUGACGACUCCACGGUGGACAAUUCCAAGAUACUGCGGGUUUCUGAGCAGCGCUUUGGCUCAUUCGAACGAGUGAUUAAGUUACCUCUAGUUCCUGACGUGAAGGAAGAAGCCAUCAGUGCAAAAUUCCAGUUAGGUAUGCUGGAGAUUAAGGUUCCCAAAUUGAAAGAUUCCGAGAAGUUCAGGAAACCAAGAAAGAUUACUCUUGAGGAAAUUCCAGAUGAGGAGCUGGAAAGAGAAAGUCAAGCCUCUUAA